CGGUCCAGUCCGGUCGGAUCGGAAGCAGAUAACCAGAUUGAUUCCAACUCUGUGUAGAAAUCCUUUCAGACUUUUUCUAAUCUCAGGAAGUCCUACUUAUGAGCAAAAUAUCGCUUUGAUCAGCGAUUAAUAGUUAGAUAUACUUCCUUGUAAGACAAAUGGCGUUUAGAUAUUUCUAAAGAAAAUAACUUUUACUGUCGAUUUGACCGUUGUAUUUUCAUCAAUAAUUAUUAUUUGUAGGUUUUCUUUUUGAUUGUUAAUGCUACUUUCAAUUUGCUCCGAGUCGGUGUGCAUUUUGAAGCAUUCAAUCAAGCACGAGCUGCUGCUUACAUCGUGUGGAAAAUUAUUGAUGCAGUAGGUUGACAAUUAAGUUUCACGUAAAUAAAAACAUAUUUAUUUCUAAUUCAUUUAUUUUAUAGCCAUCUAAGAUUAAUAGUGAUUCCGAAACUGAUCUGAAAAAAGAUGAUCUUAUUGGUGAUAUUUAUUUUUCUAAUGUUCACUUUUCUUAUCCAUCACGGCCGGACGUUAAAAUUCUCAAUGGUAUUUCAUUUGAUGUUAAACGUGGUCAAACAAUUGCUCUUGUUGGAUCAUCUGGUUCAGGAAAAUCAACAUGUGUACAAUUAUUACAACGAUUCUAUGAUUUUGAUUCAGGUUCAAUCAUUAUUGAUGAUCAUCAAAUCGCUGAAUAUAAUGUGAAGUGGUUAAGACAACAUAUUGGUGUUGUUAGUCAAGAACCAGUUUUAUUUCAAACAACUAUUCGAGAAAAUAUUUUAUUUGGAAAAGAUGAUGCAACUAAUGAUGAAAUUGAAAAAGCAGCGAAAAUAGCUAAUGCACAUAAUUUUAUCAUGGCUUUACCUGAUAAAUAUGAUACUCAAGUAGGUGAACGUGGAGCGACACUCUCAGGUGGAGAAAAACAAAGAAUUGCCAUUGCUCGAGCAUUAAUUCGAAAUCCAAAGAUUUUACUACUUGAUGAAGCAACUAGUGCACUUGAUAAUAAAAGUGAAAAAAUUGUUCAAGAUGCUUUAGAUCGUGCUGCUGAAGGUCGUACAACAUUAGUAAUUGCACAUCGUCUAUCGACAAUUCGUAAUGCUAAUAAAAUCAUUGUAAUACAAAACGGUGAAGUGGUUGAAGAAGGUGAUCAUGAAUUAUUGAUGCGCGCUCGUGGAACUUAUUUUACUCUUGUUGAACAACAAAAUUUACGUAAAGCUGAAGAAAAAGAACAGUUAACAAUUUUUGAGAAGCAAGAAAGUAUCGGAUCAAUUGGAGUUCAUCAAACUGAAGAAAUUCAAUCGAGUUUCACAAGAGAACAUAGGUCCAUCAUUGCUAGUUCACCAUUAUCAAUUAUAAAUACUCUAUAUGGUAAAGUAAAUAAUUCAACAACAGGUGACGAUGCAAAUAUAGAAGAAGAUAUUGAAAUAAAAAAGAAAAAAGUAAAAAAACCCAAUACUUCUUUACAAAUCUUGAAAAUGAACAGAUCAGAAUGGAAAUUAAUAACUAUUGGAUGUGUCGCAUGUCUAUGCAAUGGUGGUGUCCAGCCAGCAUUGGCUAUUUUUCUAAGCAAGCUAGUUUCGAUUUUUCAAGAGUGCGAUAAAGAAGUUCAAGAAAACGUUGUUCAAUUCUGUACACUUUUGUUUAUUGGUUUUGGUAUUGUAAUAUUAACUACGACGUUUCUUCAAAUUUUUUUAUUUGCUUGUUCGAGUGAAGCUCUAACGAAAAGAUUACGUUCUAAAACAUUUCAUGCAAUUCUACGUCAAGAAAUUGCUUAUUUUGACGAUCCAAAUAAUAAUACAGGAGCAUUGUGUACACGUUUAGCAACUGAAGCAUCUGCUGUACAAGGUGCGACUGGUAUUCGUAUUGGACUAAUGUUAAAAAAUUUCGCUUCACUCGGUGUUGGCAUUAUACUUGCUUUUAUGUUUUCUUGGCAAUUGACAUUGCUUGUUCUUGGUUUUAUUCCAUUUUUGGUUGUUGGAAGUUUUUUAGAAAGAUAUUUAGCAACUGGCUUUGCCAGUAGGAAUAAAAAAAUAUUUGAAGAUGUUGGAAAAAUAACAGUAGAAUCUAUACAAAAUAUACGAACAGUUAUACAAUUAACCAAAGAAGAUUAUUUUUACAAAAAAUAUUGUUUAUUUCUUGAAAUUCCUUAUCGAUCAUCUAUAAAACGAGCAUAUGUCUUUGGCUUAUCCUAUGCAUUAGCAAAUUCAGUUUUAUACUUUAUGUUGGCAGCAUUAUUUAGAUUAGGUGCUUAUUUAUUGAUUAAAAAUACAGUCUCAUUUCAAGAUAUUUUAUCAUGUCUUGGUUGUAUUUUAUUUGGUGCGCAAAGUGUUGGACAAACAGUAUCAAUGUCUCCGGAUUACACCAAGGCUGUUAAUGCUGCUGAAAAAAUUUUUGAAUUUUUGAAUCGAAAACCAAUUAUGGAUAAUAGUUCACGUGAUGGGGAUGAAAUACCUAAUUUUAAUGGACAGUUAGAAUUUAAUGGUGUCCAUUUCAUCUAUCCAAACAGACCGGAAUCAAUCAUUUUGAGAAAUUUCAAACUCAAAAUUCAAGCUGGUCAACAAGUUGCACUCGUUGGUACAUCUGGUUCUGGAAAGUCAACAGUAAUUCAGUUAAUUGAACGUUUCUACGACGCAAAUAUUGGUCAAUUGUUAAUUGAUUCCAAAGAUAUUCGAAAUCUUAACCUACAAUGGUAUCGAUCACAAAUUGGUAUUGUUUCACAAGAACCUGUUUUAUUUGAUAUGUCAAUAAGAGAAAAUAUUGCUUACGGUAACAAUAGUCGAAAUGAUAUUUCCAUGGAAGAAAUCAUUGAAGCAGCUAAAAAUGCUAAUAUACAUGAUUUUAUUCAAAAACUUCCACAAGGAUAUGAAACUAAUUGUGGUACAAAAGGAACUCAAUUAUCAGGUGGCGAAAAACAACGAAUUGCAAUUGCUCGAGCAUUAAUUCGAAAGCCAAAGAUAUUGUUGUUUGAUGAAGCAACAAGUGCAUUGGAUAGUGAAAAUGAAAAGAUAGUUCAACAAGCAUUAGAUCAUGCUAAAAAAAAUCGAACAUCAAUUACAAUAGCACAUCGUUUAUCAACAAUUCAAAAUGCAGAUAUGAUUUGUGUUUUACAUAAUGGAGACAUAGUUGAAAGUGGAACUCAUCAAGAGUUACUUGCUCUUCAUGGUCAUUAUUAUCAAUUAGCACUUGGAAAACUUAGAUAA